GAAGACGUUCGCCGUUCAUCGAGUUAGUCGAGCUCAGACAUCAGUCGUGAGCGGUCGUGAUUUUAGCGACGUUCAACAGAAGGGACGAGUAGAAGGGUGCAUAUUCUUUCGUCACGUUUCCUUCGAUUCAUCGUCGGAUUUACGAAUUCGUAAUAUCGCAAUUCCUUCAGUACUCUAUCGUCCGCGACGAUAGGCGGACGAGGAGGGACGUCGAGCACAGCUGAUUGUUGGAUUACAGUGAAGUGUGAUCGAUCUCGAUUCACAGUGCUAUCACGUUUCGAUCGGAAUUAUUUGACUUGGGGAAGUUUUUCCGAGUUCUGUGAUACGGAAAAUAAAUCAUGGUGACUGGAGUGGGUGCCACGAUGCCGACGGGUGGUGUCACCGUCGGCGCUACUCCACCCGCGCAACACGUGCCCCAGGAGGCUGGUCAGCCUCCUGCGCAAACCACCCCUACUGCCACAACAACCACAAGAAGAUCUGGCGAAAAUCGACGGAGUAAUAAACCCAUCAUGGAGAAAAGACGUCGAGCCCGUAUCAACAACAGCUUGAAUGAUUUAAAAACUCUCGUUUUGGAAUCCAUGAAAAAAGACCCAUCAAGGCACUCGAAGCUCGAGAAAGCUGACAUUUUGGAACUAACCGUGAAGCAUUUAGAGACCCUACAACGACAGCAAGUCGCUAUGGCAGCCGCAGCAGAUCCGAACAUCCUCAACAAAUUCCGCGCCGGUUACACGGAGUGCGCCAGCGAGGUUGGCAAAUUUCCCGGUCUAGACGCUUCGGUAAAGAGACGUCUGAUGGCCCAUUUGGCCUCAUGCCUGGGUCCAAUCGAUGCCAACAACGCCAACAACCAAACAACAACGACGACUCAACAGGCUGUCCAACCAGCGCCGCCGACGACGCAAUUGCAAGUGCAUAUUCUACCUCAACUUGACACACCACGUAUUCAAGUCCAACAAUCAAAUGGCAUUUUCUUUACUAAUGCCAAUGGUACGGCCUUGCAUCUAUUACCGACCAGAUUACCAAAUGGUGAUAUCGCUUUGGUACUUCCGGCGGGAGCGAAGGCGCCAAUCACGUCAUCGCCAUCGUCGUCUCCGGCGCCAAGCUCACCGUUACCACAUCUGAUCCCGAUUCCUCAAAGGACCGCGAGCACCGGUCCAGUGGCGUUUGAGGCACCUCCCACAUCAUUCCGCGAACAAUCCACCACGUACAGCCCAACCAACAGCCAUAGGGAUGUCGCUACAUCCCCGGCGAACGGCUAUACCAGUGAACCGGAGCUCGAUCCACGUGCCUAUAGCAGCCCGCCUCUCCAACGAGCGGUCCCGUCCGUAGUAGGACAUCACCGUGAAAUUAGAGGACCGUUAAAAGACGCGAGUUUAUUCUUCCGAGUGCGCGUGCACAGUCGGCCAGUAGCCAAUGAGGCAGUGCCUUAUUAA